UUCGUACGUACAGAAAUGUAUUUGGAAUGCUCCUCGACUGACGCCCGUGCCUUUGCGUGUUUCAGGUCUACGGGUGCGCCUGCAGGUCCAAGCGCUGCCUCCGGCAGUAACCGCAGACUUCAGCAGACACAGAACCAAGUGGAUGAGGUGGUGGACAUCAUGAGAGUGAAUGUGGACAAGGUGCUGGAAAGAGAUCAGAAGCUCUCCGAGCUGGACGACCGCGCGGACGCACUGCAGGCAGGAGCUUCCCAGUUUGAAACAAGUGCUGCCAAGUUGAAGAGAAAAUAUUGGUGGAAGAACUGCAAGAUGUGGGCCAUAGGCAUCAGCGUGGUGGUCAUCAUCAUCAUCAUCAUCAUCGUGUGGAGUGUGUCCUCAUGAAGAACCAGCCAGCCUCCAGCCUGCUGUUCCGGAAACCUCUUCAAGACUUUGACUUAGAGCCUGCUAUCUUAUCAAGCUUACAAACUGUAAUGUGUAAAUGAUUAUUCUCUGCUAGUUAAUGUAAAGUUUGAUUUUUAGGAAAUGUGCCCUUUUUUUAACAUGCACUCCAAACCAGAAGUGUGGUCAGCCCAGCCCGCAGUUUGCACAGUGCCUUCACCACUUUACAGGGGCUGAUGGGAGACCUCUGGAGCCCGAGAGUGCGUAACCUCGCAGUAGCGUUGUCUAGCGAUCGCCUUUAGUUCCAGUUAGGGAACUUCCUUCCAAGUUAGCUGUCCUUGUCACGUGACCUUGUCUUCAGAACCACAUUUAAACCUUUGGGUAAUCAGAUCUCCCGUCUGUGCCUUCCAGAGAGAACACUACUGUCUCCUCAAAUCUGUGACAACGACAGGUUGUGCCUUAUUUGCUCCUUUUCUGGUUCCUUAUGCGAGAACCCUCUACUGUUUAUAAGCACUACUGAUGCUCUCACUGUUUAAAAUAAGAUGCUGGUAAAGAAUUUUUGUUCUUACAUUAGAUACGAAGAUGUUUACUUUCUUGUUACUGUUUUGUAUCAUAUUUUUAAAAUAUUUUAAUCAGAAAUAACCUCUUUAAAACAUUUUGAUAGAACUAUGGCUAUGACCAAAGUUCCUAUUUUGCCAAAAACUUAAAUCCAGUAAAAUGCCCUUGAGUCUGCUCCUGACAGAUAAAUUCCAGAAAGUGACCAAUGGAACUCCAGGUGCCCUUCAGAAUUCAAGUUGUAAUAUUGCUUGUGAAGCUUCUACAUCCUCAGGCCUUUCUUGCCUUAAAACCCUGCAGGUGUUACAACUCCCCUUCCUAGUCAGCGCGUUGCCUGGGGUUAGAGAAGGUUCCAGCUAGACCCCGAGCAUCUCGCACCUGGAGACAGAUGGCAGGAUACAGCCGGGGGCUCCAGGGUGUCUCUGAGAAUUAUGUGAGCUACCGUGUUGUAGCCUUCAGGGAAGACCUCCUGUGAACCGGUCAGGAGUUGGCCCAGGCCUCACAGCCUAUGGCUUUUUGGAGUUUGUUUCCAUUUUGUUCAUAUUCCCCUUCCUGAGUCUGUCUCCGACAUUAGCUGCCAGUUAGCACUGGUCAGGGUGGCUGACUUCUCACAGAGACAGCUGACCGAGACACUCUGUCUUCGCUGUCAUAGACGUAGACUGUCUGCACAGGAUGCUGCUUUGUCACCUGAGAAUUCUGUUGAGACUUUCAGCAUCAGGCUGUGCGGCUCAAGGGCGGGCAGUCAGGGAUGAAUGAAGACAGGCCAGGCGCCCCGAGGGAGGAGCAGAGGUUUACACUCCGCCUGCGUCCGGGGAAGCGCACACGCUAGCCCGGGACUUGCAGAGCAGCCAGGACACAGGUUCCGUUCCUUUGGCGUCUGUCCCCCACGGCCCUGACAUGAGUGAGAAACGCCCGCUGUGAGGAGGGAGCCGGCGUCAGUGUAGGGACGUCCGCCCCCUCGGCUCAGGGUCUCUGGCCGCGUCUGACGUGGAAACUGUGGUGCUCUCUCCUUGGCCUUGUGCUCAGCCCCAUGUAACCCACCGGCUCCUGCAUUAACCCAGGAUGCCUCGCUCGUGCCUGCAUGUAGCUGGGAACUGCCCACUGUAAUGACUUCAAUAAAGUGUUUAUCAACAUCA